UUUUAAUUUUAAGGUUGCUGAUAAACCUGUAGCAACAAAGGGUAGAGGACGAAUCGUAGCUGUAAUUGGUGCUGUUGUUGAUGUUCAAUUUGAUGAAGGCUUGCCGCCAAUUUUGAAUGGACUUGAGGUUGCUGGCCGAAUUCCACGCUUAAUUCUGGAAGUUUCACAACAUCUUGGAGAUAAUGUUGUUCGAACGAUUGCUAUGGACGGAACAGAAGGAUUAAUCCGUGGUGAUGUUGUUAUUGACACAGGUGAUCCAAUUAAAAUUCCUGUUGGUCCAGAAACUCUUGGACGUAUCAUGAAUGUGAUUGGUGAACCAAUCGAUGAACGUGGUCCCAUACCUGCAAGGCAUUACGCUCCAAUUCAUGCUGAAGCCCCAGCUUUUGUUGAUAUGAGCGUUGAACAAGAAAUUCUAGUAACUGGUAUUAAAGUCGUUGAUCUUCUUGCGCCAUACGCGAAAGGAGGAAAAAUUGGUCUUUUCGGUGGUGCUGGUGUGGGAAAAACUGUACUUAUUAUGGAACUAAUUAAUAAUGUAGCCAAAGCACAUGGAGGUUAUUCUGUAUUUGCGGGGGUAGGCGAAAGAACUCGUGAAGGUAACGAUCUUUACCACGAAAUGAUUGAAGGUGGCGUUAUUGAUCUCAAAGGAAAAAAUUCAAAGGUAUCACUGGUUUAUGGUCAAAUGAAUGAACCACCGGGCGCACGAGCUCGUGUUUGCCUUACUGGGUUAACUGUGGCGGAAUACUUCCGCGAUAAAGAAGGUCAAGAUGUACUCCUUUUCAUUGACAACAUUUUCCGAUUCACUCAAGCUGGUUCAGAAGUAUCUGCGUUGUUAGGACGUAUUCCUUCAGCUGUAGGUUAUCAACCAACUUUGGCGACUGAUAUGGGUGGUAUGCAAGAACGCAUUACUACAACUAAAAAAGGGUCAAUCACAUCAGUACAAGCAAUUUAUGUACCCGCUGACGAUCUAACAGAUCCGGCACCUGCAACAACUUUCGCCCACUUGGAUGCUACAACCGUUUUAUCUCGUGGUAUCGCUGAAUUAGCUAUAUAUCCCGCUGUAGAUCCUCUCGAUUCUACUUCGCGAAUUAUGGAUCCAAAUAUUGUCGGCCAAAAGCAUUAUGAUAUUGCCCGUGGGGUGCAAAAAAUCUUACAAGUAUGGGAAUUUAAUAGUAUCGAGAUGUUCAUGUGGCAGGAUUACAAGUCUUUACAAGAUAUCAUAGCUAUUUUGGGUAUGGAUGAAUUAUCAGAAGAAGAUAAAUUGAUCGUUUCUCGUGCUCGAAAAAUUCAAAGAUUCCUUUCACAACCAUUCCAAGUCGCAGAAGUAUUCACUGGUCAUCAAGGAAAAUUCGUAACCUUAGAAGAAACGAUUCGUGGAUUUGAACUUAUUUUGAAAGGAGAAUUGGAUCAUCUCCCAGAAGUAGCAUUUUAUAUGCAAGGAGGCAUUGAUGAUGUUAGGGCUAAGGCUGAAGAACUGGCGAAGCAAAACGCGUAG